GUGCGCGUGCACCGGGCUCUUGACGCGAUGAAACCUGUCUGUCGGCCAUCAGUCAUCGUAAUUUUUUAAUGCAAAUAAGCUGUUUUUGGAAAGUCAGGAUUAACAGGUUGAGCUUGUCUCUUCCAACCAGACCAAUGCGUUAUUGCACCGAAGAACCCCACACGGAAGUAAAUGUGUUACAAACCUUAUGCUUGAAAUUCGUUUAAAGCAUAAACGCAACUUUGAGGAGGAUUAAUGUUCUUUAUCCAAGCUUCCAUAUCCUGUGGUUUUGUGCUGUGUUUUGUAAACGCAAAUCUGCCGUGCAGGUGGCUUGUCCCAUUCACCUGCUAAGACAUAAACAUGAAUAAUAUGAAGUUUAUGAGGCUGAUCGUCGGCUGCUUGGUUGUUGUUGCCAUGGUGAAAUUCUUCUUUAGCCCCAGCCACGAGGCACACCAUAAGAACCACCAGGUCAUACAGGGUGAGAGCUUUUGGGCCCAACACCAUGUCCGGCAGCAGAAUGUGGCUGAUCAUCAGGAGGAUCCUGUCAACCCCGAGCCACAAACAGACAGCCAAAACGUUCAGAAGAAGGAAGAAGUGGUUGCACCAGAAGUCAUUGAAGCUGCAGACAAUACAGCGACAGGUCCACAAAGGAUCGUGCAUUUAGAUCUGAAAGGUGCCCCACCCAAAGUCAAGUAUCUAGAACAGAUAUUUCCUUUAUUCUCAACUUUGGGUGCUAAUGGAAUAUUGCUGGAAUAUGAGGACAUGUUUCCUUAUGAGGGGGACCUUCAGAUUCUCAGAUCAAGCAACGCGUACAGUCCGGAAGAGAUUGAGGAAAUAAAGUCUCUGGCUAAACGGCAUCAUCUUGAACUGAUUCCUCUGGUGCAGGUGUUCGGGCACUUGGAGUUUGUCUUAAAACAUGAGAAGUUUUUCCACUUGAGGGAAGUUGCAUCUUUUCCCAAUAGUCUAAACUCUCUGGCGCCGGAAAGCAUGGACCUGGUUAAAGACAUGUUAUCGCAGGUUAUGCAGAAGCACCCGGAGUCACGGUGGUUUCACAUUGGAGCUGAUGAGGUACGUGGUCUGGGCGAGAGCGAGGACUCAAAACGCUGGUUGGAAACUCAUAACGGAGACAUGGGAAAGCUGUUUCUCAAUCACGUGACCGCGGUGGGGCGUUUUAUGACAGCGCAGCACCCAGGAAUCAGACUCAUCUUGUGGGAUGACAUGUUUAGGAAACUCAGCCCUGGGUCUAUAAAAGAAUCAGAAUUACAAAGCCUCGCUUCCCCCAUGAUAUGGGACUAUCACGCAAAAAUGGACGUGCAUGAGAUAGGUAACCUUAUCCAUAAGUAUGAGCAAGCCGGAUUUCAGACUGUGUGGUUCGCGAGCGCUUUUAAAGGAGCUUCAGGGAUCGAUCAGAUCUUGACUCCGAUCGAUCAUCAUUUUAACAACCAUUUACAGUGGCAUAAAGUCAUUCAAUCUAUGCCAGAGCACAAGUCUAUAAGUUUCCAGGGCAUUGUGCUGACCGGCUGGCAGAGAUAUGAGCAUCACACAGUGUUGUGUGAACUGCUGCCGGUUGCCAUUCCAUCUCUCGCUGUUUGUCUUCAGACACUGAAAUAUGGUGAUUUUAAUGACGCGGCACAGAGUGAUGUCCAACGCAUGCUGGGCUGCGAAGUCCAGCUGAAACAAAACAAUUGUAAGGGUUCAACCUAUCCUGGCGCUGACAUCUAUGAGAUGGUGAAAAAGAUCAACAGCAGUCUUGGCAGUUCGAUUCAAAAGAUCAUGAAAAGCUACCACAUCAGAGGGUCAUUUAGUCCUUAUCAUCGCAAGCGCAACUUCGCAAACCCUCGGAAUCUUGGAUUUUUCCAUAAUUCUCUGAAACUAUUGCUGGAUGAAUGGGAUACAUUUUUGCUUGGUUUCCGGCGAAGCAUGGAGGAAAUCUACUACUCGGACACUUUAGAGGAAUGGCUGGAAGAGAACGUCAACGAACACAUAGAAACACUCCAUGAAAUGGUGGUCGACGUAGAGCGGAUCAUUAAACUCAACGGGCAGCCAAAGGCUGAUCAUGCAAAAAUGAGAUAAAAACAAUGACAAAGGACGUUCCAAAAGGUUAACCUUGAAAUCUGACUGCUGUGAGGAUUUUCUCAUACCUCAAGGAUCAUCCUUAUUUACUCAAGGCGUCAUUUCAAGUGACACUAUGAAAGACAUGACUAAAAUAUCCAGUGUGUGUUGUCUGUUAUGGUGGCAUUGUGACACUGUGCAUUCUUACGUUUUUUUUAUUUGAACAAAAUAAUGAAUAAUACUGUAAAUUAUUUGCCUACUUUUUUAAUUGUUAAUAACUAGAAUUAUUCUAAAUGUAAUCUAUGCAACAUGCAUUUUUACACUUCUGAGGAAUACCUGUAGGGCCUAUAGAUUAUAGGCUACUACAGAUUGAAACAUUUUUUUGUGCACUUGCAGAGAAAUGCAGAAACUGGAAGCCUCAAAUAAAGAUAUAAGGUAUCUUUAGUGUUCUGACACAUCAAUAUUCAACACUUAAAUUAGAUUUAGUCUCAAUCACAAUAUUAAGAACACUCAACGUUGUAUGCUGCAUUUAUUCUGUGUGUUUUGUUAUGGGGAAUAAAACAAAUAUAUAUAUAUAUUGUGGUAUUUUGUACUAAGUUAGUUGUGUAAACGGUUAACUAAAAUGUUCACAUUUAAAGCAUUAUGUGCCUUAUAAUUCAUUCAGACAUUGGGUCAGUUAUAGACCCCAACACAUGAAGAAAGUUCAUAAGAAUGACGUAACCACGCACUCUAGCUCAACCAUUUGUUACGUAAACAUCUUUAAACAAUAAAAAAUCUUU